AUGCCUGUGGGUGACAGCGCUGGUAGGGCUCCAGAGACCCAAGAGAAUAUCGCGCAUCAGGUUCUGCAUGAGCAGAGUGUAUAUAUUUAUAAGCCUUCUGAAAAAUCCAAAGGCGGUGACUCACAACUGUCGAAACGACGCAAGCUGUCCCACGGACCUCGGGAAUCUGCUCAAAGCGAUGAAUUCCUGUUUGUUCCUCUUUUGGACGGGCUUGAGAGCCGGUUGUUAGUUAAACACCGGUAUACCGCCUUCAAAGACUUCUUUACCAGUCAGGGCCAGAAAUUGGAAGGAAUAUUGCAUGACGCGGAUUCCAAAGUUGUGGAGGAUCUCACCAGCUUCAUCAAACAUGCUGAGCCUGAGAGCUCCGAUUCGCGCAUUUCCUGUGGCAUCAUCUCCCUUGGACCCAAUAUUUCAUCCAUCUCGACCCUUCUAGAUCAGCUCCGCAAACAUGUCCGGGUUGAUGGCGCUGCUCAGAUCGCUGUACUUGAAUCCGGUGAUUGUACAAACUUGAAAAACGCUCUGAGGACUAUUAUCCGAAAUAGUAUCCCUGAAACAGAGAAUGGCCCUAGCAACUACGCUCCCCCCACCCGCCUGGGCCCCAAACUCCUCCCGUAUGAUCUAGAGUUGCUUCAUGAAUUUGUACGGCAGAAUGACGGGCAAAAAAUAGUAGUUGCAUUUAAAGAUAGCGAGGCAUUUGAUUCUGAUAUUAUGAGCGAUUUGAUUUCAUUACUGUGGUCUUGGCGCGAUCGCAUUCCGUUUGUUUUUCUAUUCGGAGUGGCAACUUCGAUGGAUUUAUUUGAAGCCCGGUUACCCAGAUCAACUAUCGGGCAACUUCAGGCCGAGUGUUUCGAUAUAUGCGGCUCAAAAGAUUCUAUCCAUCAAAUAUUUUUCCAUUUAGAGGCCCACAGAGAUGGUACACUAUGGCUAGGCCAUAAUGUAAGCAGACUUCUCGUGGAACAAUCCGACAACCAAUUCCAAAGCCCCGAAAGGUUUGGUAAUUCUCUUAGGUAUGCUUACAUGUCACAUUUUUUCGCAAACCCGUUGGCUGCAUUGCUUGCGAAGGAAAUACGCCAGGAUGACUUUCAGCCGGAGCUGUGCGAAGCAAUCCGAAAUCUACCCUCAUUUCAAAAACAUGCCGAAAAAUCGUUGGAAAGAGGUGAUUCAAAGCUAGUGAAAAAGCUUCUUGAUGACAAUAUCUUUCUAGCCCAGCAUUCCUUAGAGAAUUUGAAACAAGGGCAGCAAAAAAUGAAGCGCAUGUUUAGAUGUUUAGAAACGUUAAAAACUGUCCUAGAACAUGUGAAACCGGUAAAAGCACCAAACAUGUCGAGUAUUGUUAUUCAGGCUCUGGCCGGGGAAUUAUUCACUUCGAGACUAGUCACUGAUGUGCUUUCCACCAUCAAGAAAUUGACGUCUGAUUUGCUUGAGAAGUUGCUUUUUGCACUCAAGGAAGCCAUCCCCUCAACGAAUAAUCUAUACACUCAACUACAAAACCUUUUGGCUUGCAGAGAAGAACAUGAACCCCUGCGAACACAAUAUGAUAGUUCUCGGGUUACUCAUAAAACUGCUCUGGUAGCUCAACGCCUCAAGCUAAUGAAGGGCAAGGCAAAGCUUUCCAAUGAUGAAGCAAAAUAUACAGCUAUUGUUGAACAAUUGCACGGGAUCUUCCAAAAGUAUCUGGUAGACUCCCUGGUAUGUCCCGACGACAUGUUCUUACAUGAAGCCUUUUUGUACGAUUUUAAAAGCCCUUUAAAGGAUACAUUCACCCCCCGACCUAGGUUCACUAUGGAGCGAGCAUUGUCGAAUCCAUCGGACUAUUUGGCAUUCGAUUCCGAUACAAGUUUCGAAAACCUCUCCGCUUCUCAACCCGAAACUGCCUUGCUUUACCAAUUUUAUUUGGAAUCCGGGGCUCUCGUAAAUAUGUACGAUCUAUGGCGCGCAUUCUACACUAUUGUUGGCGGCGAGGAUGGAACCAAUUACGAUGAACGGACGGCACUUGUCAUGUUCUACCGGGCUACAUCAGAAUUAAAAAUGAUGGGGAUGAUGAAACCGAGCCGAAGGAAAACAGAUCAUUUAGCAAAACUGAGUUGGAUGGGACUAUAA